UAUCAAGAAUGUUAAAUGCUCCUAGAAUUUUGAUAGUCUCGUAUCUCUUCAAAAAAAGAUGAAGAAAGUUGCAAUAUUGGUGGUUUUGAUAGCUGGAUUUGUGUUGAGUAAUGGAGAAGGUGAUGCCCCAACACCCUGCCCACAACCAGAUAUGGCCCAAAACACACUAACAUUUUACAUGCACCAUGGGUCUGCAGUUUCAGAGCACAAUCACAUCAAUGAGAGGAUACCCGAUUUGAAUUCAAAUGCACCCACACUUGGAGGAUUGAACAUCGGGUUAGGAACUGUUACACCCAUCGAAGGAGCCCUGAUUCAGACACCCGAUUUGCUUUCACCCACAUUGGGCAAAGGCCAUGGAUUUUAUGUUUCCACCUCUGAGAAUAAGGACCAUGAAAAGAUUCAGUUUAUGGCCUUCUCUGCAGUGAUUGAGGAGAAUGGUGAAUAUGAGCAUUCUGUCAAUUUGUUUGGAGUAGACAAUCUGUUGUUGGGUGAGAGGCAGAUUGCAGUGGUGGGAGGGACAGGCAAAUUCAAGAAUGCUCGAGGUUAUGCCAUCCUUCAAACAGUUCCACAUAACGUCAUCAAGUUCACUCUGCAUCUUACAUUUUAAGCAUUCUGAAGUGGCUCUGUGUAACAAAGCUGUUUGCUAUAUGUAUCCAUUAAUAAGCUGAUUUCAAUAAAACUUGAUAUUAGUAUCA